AUGGGGAUUAAGUACAGCUACGAGAUACACGAUCCUUCGAAGGCUGUGAAGGGGAAGAUCGACAAUGCGAAGGUAAGCUUCAAGAAGACUAGGGAGACUUGCUCCACCCUGAGAAAGAGAAAGGUUGUUGAUGCGAUCCAGUAUCUGAAGAACGUCCUUAACAAAACUGAGUGUGUCCCCUUUAGAAGAUACAACCGUGGCUGUGGGCAAACACACCAGGCGAGGAAGUUCAGCAUCCCUAGAAGAGAGAUUGUGAAGGCCAAUGGAGAGAAGGUGAUCAAGAGAGGACAUGUUCAAACAAGAGGAAGGUGGCCGAAGAAGUCAGCAGAGUUUGUGAUUUCCCUUCUUGAAAACCUUAAGGAAUUAGCAGAGGCAAAGAACCUUGAUUUGGAGAACUUAGUGAUAACGCACAUCCAAGUUAACAAGGCACCAAAAAUUUUUGGCAGGACUUUCCGAGCUCACGGAAGAGUGAAUCCAUUUAACAAAAGUCCAUGCCAUAUCCAGGCCGUUGCCGAAGUAGUUGGAACCAACGAUGUUAGCAUUGAGGCCUGA